UCUCUCUCUCUCUCUGUCUGUUCUCAUCUUCUGGGGCUUGUCUUGUUCUUCAUUUCUCUCUCUCUCCUGUUGAUAUCCUUCUUUCUAUUGUGUUCUCUUCGUUUUCUCCCAACUUUCUCUGUAUCUCUCCUCUUUAUCGGGGUCUUCCGCGCUUUAGUUUAUCUGCCUUCCCUCCACUACCCAUCUUGCCCAACCUCCCCGGAUUUCUUGCUGCUUCUUCUUUUUUCUUUUUUCCCUCUUUUUCUUGCUUUUUAGUUUCUAUCUUGAUACCCAGGGGCUCCUAGACUUAAAUAGACGCCUCCUUGCUUCUUGUUUUAUCUUUCCUACCCACCCCCUGAACUCGUGUCUUAGGUUCGGGGAAAAAAAGGGGACCUCGCGUCUGUCAAUAUAUAAUAUAAUAUUCGGUACCCAGCGUCCCCUCUAAUCUCACGUCCAUUCAGAUCAUUAUUCUACUCGCCAUGGCACCGCGAGACUCUGUUGUCGUUCCCACCCACCGCAGACAUGCCUCACUAUCCUUCCGAACCAGACCCCGAACUGCGACCGUAUCGGCGGUUUAUCCAAGUGUGACGUUGGAGAAAGACGUUUGGAAUGAGUCGUCAGCGGUGGAUUCCCAAGAUACACUGGAAGGCCAGGUGCUGGAAGACAUGAACCAUUUCCCCGAACCCGCACAUAGGCGUCGUGGAGCGAAGAGUUUCUCUAACCUGCGUCACCCGGUUGACGGACUGCGAGCCCUCGGUCGUCGCCUGUCUGUCACAAUUCGCAACAAGUCAUCGCGCACCUUCCAUCAUACUUGGCACGCUGAAUCCGAGGCGGGCCCCCAAAAUCUCAAUGUCCGCGACGGUCCCAGCACCAGCCGUCGGCCCUCUCUCAACAGCAUUUCCGCAUUACAGGAUUUCUAUGUCCCCGUUCCCAUUCCGGGAAAUGGCCUGGAGCCUCCGAUUCUGCCCAAUGACGUGUACGCUGGUGCGGCUGCUAGAGCGGCAGCAGCAGCCCAGAACGAAUUGGCCCGCUCGGAGCGCAAGUUGGAUCAAAUGAGGGUUACUCUCGACUCUGAAAGUGGUAUUGGCAUUGACCUCCGUGAUCGUUCUGAGUUUUCGGAUGCAGAAUUGGAUCUGGUUCGCAUUGAUCCGGUAGGGUCUCUCCCCGCAGAGAUCAUGUCUCAAGUGCUGUCGUACCUCGACCCUGAGUCUUUGAUGAACUGUGAACUGGUUUCUCGUGCUUGGAGUGAGCAGGCCUCCUCUCGGUAUAUCUGGCGACACGUGUUCCGCCAUUCUUAUGGCCAGCGUCGGCCUACUGGUCCUCGAACCAGAAAGCAGCCUUCCCCCGGCCUUGGAAAGUCGCACCCCAACCAAGACUGGAAAAGAAUGUUCCUGGUUCGUCGGGCCUUGGAGCAACGAUGGAAGGAAGGCAAGGCCGCCGCGAUCUAUCUCCACGGACAUACAGACAGUGUCUAUUGUGCUCAGUUUGAUCAGGACAAGAUUAUCACUGGCUCCCGCGAUCGCACGAUUCGAGUGUGGGAUGCUCAUUACCCAUGGCCUUGCCGCAAGAUCAUUGGCCCCCCUCCAAGUGAUGUUCCCAACAUCGGGCCGGUCAACAACCCAGCCCAGCAAUCCGCUGGGAAGCCGCCAUUUCUCACCAUUUGCCCACCUCCCACCCGCUCCGCUGGGAUUGUCGCGCCGAUGGAGCAAACCUCUGAAUAUCACAGUGCUUCCAUUCUGUGCCUGCAGUUUGACGACGAGAUUAUGGUCACUGGGUCCUCAGAUUUCAGCUGUAUUGUGUGGGAUAUCCAGAAUGACUACAAGCCGAUCCGCCGGCUCGAAGGUCACAGGGCCGGGGUGCUGGAUGUUUGCUUCGAUGACCGGUAUAUUGUGUCCUGCUCCAAGGACACUACGAUCUGUGUCUGGGAUCGAAACACUGGAGCCUUGGUCAAGAAGCUGCUUGGCCAUCGCGGACCAGUGAAUGCUGUUCAACUGCGUGGCGAUCUUGUUGUCUCUGCGAGCGGGGAUGGUGUCGCCAAGCUGUGGAACAUUACCUCUGGUCUCUGCGUUAAAGAGUUCCCCAGCAAAGACCGGGGCCUGGCCUGUGUGGAAUUCAGCGAUGACGCUCGGACCAUUCUCACGGGUGGGAAUGACCAGGCGAUCUACCAAUUCGAUGCAAACACCGGGGAUAUGGUCAACGAACUCAAGGGCCACUCCGGCCUCGUGCGAUCCCUGCACCUGGAUAGCAUGAACCAGCGAAUCGUUAGUGGAAGCUAUGACAUGAGCGUCAAAGUGUUUGAUGCCCAGAGCGGGGAGCUGUCGAUUGACCUGCCCGGCUGGACGACCAGCUGGAUGUUGAGCGUGAAAUCGGAUUAUAGACGUAUUGUUGCGACCAGCCAGGAUUCACGCGCUGUCAUCAUGGAUUUUGGAUAUGGACUAGAUGGCGUUGAUUUAUUGGAAGAGUAGACGGUUCGCAUAGACCCUAGACGUUUGGAUUUUCGCGCGGGCAUGACGCGGAAGAAAAGUCUUUGUUGCUUGGAGUUUUUGCUUUUGAAUGAUGCGUUUUAGCUUUUGGAUUUGCUUUUGGGACUAGCGAUUAGAUAUCUGCAUUGCUUUGCCUUUUUUUUGGGGGGGGG